AUGACGCUACGCAACGUGUUCAACUCCCGGGGGAGCAGCUCCCAGGAGUCAGGGCCUCGCAAGCACAUGUUUGGAGACUCGGUGCGCAACCUGUUGGUUGUGAUUUUUGGCGAGUUUUGCGGCACCUUUAUGUUUCUCAUGCUGUCGUUUGCCGGGGCCCAGACAGCCAUCAACAACAACCAGCCAAAUAUCCCCGACGGCCCUAUGGCCCCGGCUACUCUCCUCUACAUUGCCUGCGCUUUCGGUACGGCCAUUGCCGUCAACGUGUGGGUGUUUUACCGCGUGACGGGUGGCAUGUUUAACCCUGCUGUCACCCUCGGUCUGAUGCUAGUCGGUGCCGUCAAGCCCCUCCGAGGCAUCCUCAUCAUCCCUACCCAACUUGUUGCCGCCAUCGCCGCCGCCGCCGUCGUGGACGGACUGCUCCCGGGACCGCUCACCGUGGCCAACUCUCUCAGCAACGGAACCUCCAAGGUCCAGGGCGUCUUCCUGGAAAUGUUCCUCACCGCGCAGCUCGUGCUGACGGUGUACUUCCUCGCCGUGGAGAAGCACAAGGCCACGUACCUCGCGCCCAUUGGCAUUGGCAUCGCCGUCUUCAUCGCCCACAUCGUCGGCGUCAACUACACCGGCACUUCCAUCAACCCUGCGCGAUCCUUCGGCCCCGCCUGCAUCCAGGGCUUCGUCGGCUACCACUACAUCUACUGGGUCGGCCCACUGAUGGGCUCCCUCCUCGCCUUUGCCGUCUACAAGAUCCUCAAGUGGCUCGAGUACCAGAGCGCCAACCCGGGCCAGGACGACGACGACGACGACGUCGAGAAGGCGCUGCCCCCCGUUGGCACCGCGACGUCCACCCAGCAGCACCACCAGAAGAACCACCGCAGCACUGCGAGCGAGGCGAGCGAUGGCACGCUGCCGACGCCUGGAUCGAAGGAGAUCCGGCACGAUCCUAUGCCGCACGUUGCCGCUUGA